AUCACAGAUAGGUUAGAAGAAUAGUGUGUAGUAGUAGUCUGAAGUUUUUUCUUUUCAAAACGAUUCACCUUUUUCAUUUAAAGACAAACUAUUUUAAAUACAAAAACGCUUUAUUUUAUCUGUAAUUUUUUGACAAUCAGCCCAACUAUCUCAACAUGUAUCAAUAACAAAAAUUUGCUUUAUUACGCGUGCAAUUUUGAACGUUGUGAUUAAUUUUACCAAAACUUAUCUAAAUGUUAUUUUCAUAAAUACGUUUGUCUUACUGUUCAUAUUAGAACGUUUGAUCAACUUAUGAUAACUAUAUUAUCCGUUUCUAAACGAAGUAGAUAUAACUGUACUGUUGUCUAAGUCAACUCAAGAAUGGAAAACCAGUGUGAUGACGUGCUUGUUUCUCUGGCUCCCGAAUUUCCAAAACACUGGAUUAGUCAAAAACUCAUCGAUAAUGGAAGUUUUGGCCAAGUUUUUGUCGUACAAGAUACCAACAAUCCAGAUGAAGAGAAAUUUAUUGGAAAGGAAAUUUCUUUAUCGGAAGUUAAAAUGGACAAGGCAGCGAACUUUGUUGAGCUUGACAUCAUGAUGAAAAUAAAACAUCCCCGAAUAAUCUCUUUCUACGGAUACGAGAAAAAUGCGUCAAAGUUGACACUUUUCUUUGAAUACAUUAGCUUGGGCUCCGUCAAAGAUUGUGUGGAUAAUAACGGCCCUUUACCAGAAGAGAAAAUCAAAUUAUACACUAAACAAAUAUUGGAGGGUCUGAAGUACCUUCACGAGAGAAAUCCUCCAAUUAUCCAUAGGGACAUCAAAGGAGAAAACGUCCUGCUAAAGGAUGAGAUGAACAUUAAACUGACAGACUUUGGUUUGUCCAAGAUUGUUCACUCUGCUACACAGGCCAGAACAGUGGCAGGAACAUACAACUGGAUGGCACCGGAAGUUGUUUCUGCCAAAAAUAAAAUCCCAUAUGAUUAUAAAGUAGACAUAUGGAGUUUGGGAUGCACAGUUGUAGAGAUGGCGACCAGACGCCCGCCGUUCCCAGACCUCACGCCAGCCAAGGUGAUCAAAGCGCUAACUGAAAGCCGAGAACCUACGUACACUCUACCCAAGUCAGCCUCAGAGCAGAUGAGAAAUUUUCUGGAACUGACGUUACAAAUAAAUCCACACGAUCGACCUUCAACAGCGGAACUUAUUAGCCACAGUUUCUUUUCGUAACGUCGA